AGACUCUACACAGUUGACGAUAUGCCACGUCUUUGAAAGUGCAGCAUCCAAUCAUCAGAACACACAGGUAGAAAUAACCAGGAUACUGAAGCUUGCAUCGUUAGUACAACAGAUCCUGUUCCAGACAUUGCAAGAUGGCAGGUCUUCGAUGCAGUUUGGCACUGAAUCUGCUAGCAGUGGCAGUAGUGCUUUUAGCUGCCCAACAGACCAGGGCACACUCCCAUUCUCAUGGAGACCAUGGGCAUGGUCAUGGCCACGGGCACCAUCACCAUGGGCACCACCAUGGCCACUCUCAUGAAGCACCGAAGAUGUUUCAUGGAGCCAGCAAGUGGAGUGCUGAGGCUAACAUCCCAACAGGUGAAGAGGAGAUCACUGACCACCAUGGACACGCGCACGAUCACCAUGGACACGCGCACGAUCACCAUGGACACGCUCACGAUCACCAUGGACACGCGCAUGAUCACCAUGGACACGCUCACGAUCACCAUGGACACGCUCACGAUCACCAUGGACAUGCACACGAGCACCAUGGACAUGCACACGAGCACCAUGGACAUGCACACGAACACCAUGGACACUCCCAUGACCAUGCUCCUGAGCUAAAGCAGGAAGCUGAGGCAGAAAAACGUGACUUGGUGGAGCUGUGGAUGCAGGCAAUAGGUGCCACUCUGCUGAUCAGUGCCGCACCCUUCCUCAUCCUCUUCCUCAUCCCGGUCCAGUCCAACACGGACCAGCACCAGAACCUGCUGAAAGUGCUGCUCAGCUUUGCGUCUGGCGGACUGCUGGGAGACGCCUUCCUCCACCUCAUUCGUGCCAAACAUGCUCACAUGAUGUCUGUGGGCUUGUGGGUGCUGGGUGGAAUAAUGGCCUUCCUGAUGGUGGAGAAGUUUGUCCGUCUCCUGAAAGGAGGACAUUCCCAUUCCCACUCGCAUGGACACGGACACUCCCAUGGUGCUAAAGCAAAGGACAGUGAUGGAGAGGAAGAAGAGAAGGAAGAGAAGAAAGAGGAAGUGAAGGAGGACAAAAAGGCACCCAAGACAGUGGAGGAGAAGGGAACAGAUAUUAAAGUGUCUGGCUACCUGAAUCUUGCCGCUGAUUUUACGCACAAUUUCACGGACGGUCUGGCCAUUGGCGCAUCCUUCCUGGUUGGGCCCACUGUUGGCUUGGUAACGACCAUCACCAUCUUGCUCCACGAGGUGCCUCAUGAGAUUGGUGAUUUUGCCAUCCUCGUCCAGUCGGGCUGUACAAAGAAGAAGGCUAUGUGUCUCCAGCUCCUGACAGCUGUCGGAGCGCUCGCUGGCACAUCUUGCUCCCUCCUGGCUGAAGGUGUGGGUGCAGCCGCCACUGCGUGGAUCCUCCCCUUCACCGCCGGUGGCUUUGUUUACAUCGCCACGGUGACUGUCCUGCCUGAGCUGCUGGUGGGCCGGUCCAGCCUUGGCCAGUCGCUGAUGGAGAUCCUGGCAAUGCUCCUCGGAGUAGGCAUGAUGGUGCUCAUUGCUGAGUACGAGUGAUCUCGCAAAGUGUGGGACGGAACGAGGGAUGACUGAACGAGGGAGAAAGGGACAGAGGGAGAGGAUGGAGGACAGAAAUGGUGAUUAGGAGAUUGGGAACAGUGGAGAAUUGUCACGCUGAACUGUGUUACUUUUGGAGUGAGCUGAGAAUUAAGGCUUUGGCGGGUGAGGAAAAAGGUCAGAGUGUGGCUAGCGCCAGCAGAGGACUCUGUCAUGCUGUGCGGGUUCAGUCAUCGUUUCAGAGAGGGGUUACACCACAAGAGAGACUUGGGAGGCACUAAGAGGAGUGUAAUAAAUUGGCGUCUGGUCCCUCCAGCACCAUGUAACGUCCAUUAUCAUUCCAUUGGGUCUCAAAAUGGGAUCACACUUCAGUCGUUUCAUACCCUGCAUUUUACUCCUACACUGCGCAGAAUAAAUUAGUUGUUGAUUCAACAAUGAAUCAGAUGUUGAAUCAACCACAUAAUCUAUGUUUGUGCUAAUUUUACUUUAACUGUUAUUUUUUAUUUCGUCAGAUAUGUAAAUUGUGUUUAAAAAUUGUGUUUUUUUUUUUAAAUUUCAGAUGGACAUUUUAUUUUAGAAUUUUUCAAAGGAUAUGCGCUAUCAAUGUGCUUGGCGUCCAUGAGACUCGUUUCAUGCCUGUCUGGUCCUUUUACGGAUUUAGACCAUUUUGCGAAUGUCAGCUGUUUUUCUCCGUAGAGAAUGGUAACGGUUAAGAGACAAGAAGUGUGGCUGUUAAGAAUCCUCACCAGAAUCACUGCGUGCAAGCCAUUGGAGAGAAAGGAAGAGCUACUUUUAGAAUUUAGUCAACAUCAGAAGCUUGUUUUGUGGCGUUUGAAUAUGCUUAAACCACUGUAACCUCCGCUCUGGUGGUUUCUCUUUUGAGCAGAGCUUCUUGUGGAAAUAAUUUAGGUAAUGAAUGUAGUCCACUGUCUGUCAUGAGCAUCUGUACAAGCAGCAGCAGCAGCUUAAUUCAACUUCUUAUAGUAUCGUUAUUGAUGUGAAACUGGAACAGUUGUUCAUGGGUCUAUUCACCUCUUACUGAGUUGCAGUCUAGUGUUGAGCUUCUCUGAGUAACUUUCUUUUCCUCUUAUCAAUUUUUUUUUUUGUCCCCCCACAAGUGAGUGGAUCCAAAUGUCUUGUGUGGUCAUGACUAUGACUGUUGUCAGAUAUCCCUCAUCUCACACACACACACACACACACACACACCUUUAACAUGAUUUCUUUGUGAUGGGCCAAACUGAGGAGAGACCAAACAGAUGAGAUGAAAUGAAAGUUUCUGUAUGCCUCUUGUGUUCAUUAAAAAUGUACAUUGGUAGACACCAGA